UAGAAUUAAAUGUCAGUGGAACCAAAAUGACAUCACACUGAACUAGCGCUUAUAUUCAAAGAUAAAUACGGACCUAAUGUGAAGUGAAAUUUACAAAAAUUUUACAUCAUAUACAUACAAAAGAAACAUCGAAUUUUUUAAUUUUGGAAAUCGAUAUAAAUUGAAAUGAACAAUGAGGAUAACGAAUUAGAGACGUUAUUGGUUUCAGAAAAUAUAAAUGUUUGGGCCAAAAAUCAAACAGCAUUAGAGGAACAAGCUUUAAAAGAAUUACAUACAUUUUCUAAAGAAUUUAAAAAGUCUCAAGAUGACCCAUUGGAAGAAGGAGAACUUGAGGAAACUGAAGAAAUUCAAUAUCAAAAUCAAAUACCUGAACAGUCAUUAAAUAUUGAAGCAUAUAUAAAACAUCAAGUAGAAUUAAAAAAAAGACAAGAUUUUAACAAAUCCCUUAAUGUUGAAAAUCAUAAUUUAGUAAUUAAAAAAUGUAAAAAAGUUAAAAAGAAAAGAAAGACUAUUAAACCCUGCAGUAAUCCUGAAGAUUUGGAUGAUGCAGAUGCUAUUACUAUCAAAGAAGAGAAAAUAGGUAGUGAUGAAAAAGUAGAAUCUGAAGAUGAUGUAGGGAUAGAUGAUCAAUCGGGAAGUGAAUAUGUUCCAACUGAUUGUGAAUCUGAUAGUGAUAAUCAGUAUUGCAAAUCUUUCAAUAAAAGCCAAGAAUCUCUUAAAGACAGUCAGAAGCACAAUAGAAAAAGGAAAAGAUUUCAAGAACAUAUAGUAAAGGUUGUAGAUGAUGGAAUAUGGAAGGCUUAUAAAGACAGACUUGAUUUGUAUUACAAAAAAAUUGAGGAAGAAGAAUCUUUGAAACAUUUAGAAGAUGAAGAUGAUGAAAUUGAAAUAGAUUAUUAUUUGAUUAAGGGUGGUUUGAAAGCUCCUUUUACAAUUUGGAACAAAUUAUAUAAUUAUCAACAAGAUGCAGUAAAAUGGUUGUGGAAAAUACAUCAAAAAUCUACAGGUGGUUUGCUUGGAGAUGAAAUGGGUCUUGGAAAAACAGUGCAAAUUAUUGCCUUUUUACAAGCUUUAGAAUUUAGUAAAAUUAGCUCCUGUCAUGGAAGGUUCAUAGGUUUAGGUCCUUCUUUAAUAGUAUGUCCAGCAACUGUAAUCCAUCAAUGGGUUAAGCAUUUUCACGAGUGGGCUCCAGAAUUUAGAAUUGCUGUACUUCAUCAAUCUGGCAGCUAUCAAGGCGAUAAAAAACAUUUCAUCAAAGACUUGCACAAAACAAAAGGCAUAAUAUUAACCACUUAUCUAGGAAUUAUAAAGUACCAAACAUUUUUAUUAGAUUAUAACUGGCACUAUUUAAUUCUUGAUGAAGGUCAUAAGAUACGAAAUCCUGCAGCUAAAGCUAGUGUAGCGGCUAAACUUUUCAGGACACCACAUAAAAUUAUGCUAACAGGCAGUCCAAUGCAAAACGAUUUAAUAGAGCUCUGGAGUCUUUUUGAUUUCACAAAUCCAGGUAUGUUAGGCAACUUAAAAACUUUUCAAGAACAUUUUUCUACUCCUAUUUUACAUGGAGGAUUCAGCAAUUCCACACCUAUGCAGGAAGCAACUGCUUUGUCAGUGGCUACUACCCUUAAAGACUUAAUUACACCUUAUUUAUUGAGAAGGACCAAACAUGAAGUCCAACACGACAUUUUACUGCCAAAUAAAACUGAACAAGUUCUAUUCUGUUCUUUGUCAGAUGAGCAGAAAUUUUUAUAUAAAGAAUAUUUGCUUGGUGACGAUGUUAGCAAUAUUUUGGGCAAAGGAGUGAAAAAUUGGGCUGGUAACAAUCAAAUUCGAGCCAGAGUUUUCGUAGCGAUAACAAAGCUAAGAAAAAUUUGUAAUCAUCCAGAUAUAUUUUUAUCUGAUAUAGGAAAAGAUGAAAUGGAAAGUGUUAAUGACAAAAAGUUUGGUAAUUACAAAGCAUCUGGUAAAAUGAUUGUGGUGUCAGCACUGUUAAAAAUAUGGAAAAAACAAUCUCACAGAGUAUUAUUAUUUUCCCAAGGUAGAGCGAUGAUUCGUAUAUUUCAAGAUUUUUUAGAAGAACAUGGCUACAAGUACCUGAAAAUGGAUGGAACAACAUCUAUCAGUAGCAGGCAGGCUUUGAUAGAUAAAUUUAAUACUGAUUCCAAUUAUGAUGUUUUUUUGCUAACAACUCGCGUCGGUGGCCUGGGUGUCAAUUUGACAGGAGCUAAUCGUGUCAUUAUUUAUGAUCCCGAUUGGAAUCCCGCUACUGAUACUCAAGCGCGUGAGCGAGCUUGGAGGAUAGGACAGGAUAAACAGGUCACUAUUUACAGGCUCUUAGCUGCAGGAACGAUUGAAGAAAAGAUGUAUCAGAGGCAAGUUUGGAAACAGCUUUUGAGCAAUAAAAUUCUACUGGAUCCACAGACGAACAAAUUUUUUAAAUCUUCUGACCUCUUUGAUCUUUUUUCGCUGCAAGAAUCUACAGAUUCAAAUCCAGAAACUGUCAAUAUUUUCCACAAUUCUAGGGUAAGAAUUCAAGAUAAACUACGAGAACAAGCCAAAAAGAGUAAAGACAAGAAAGGAAAUAAAGGCGAAGCACAAUUUUCAGAUGAAAAAAUCCAACAAAUGAAGAAUCUUGCGCAGCAAAUAGCUAAGAGCCUUAAUAAAAAACCUACUACCCUUCAACUCGAAAUUGAAGCGGAAAAGGAGCAAAGAGAAAAAGAAAGAAGACAAAUGAAGGAGCUAGAAGUUGGGGAAUUACUUAAAUAUAAUAAAGAAAAAGUGAAAAAUGUAGAAAAUCCUUCUGUAAAUAAAAUAGAUGAUUGCGAUGCUUUAGUUGGAUUCUCAGAGGCAUUGACUUACUCAGAAAAAACUGCAGAACUUCACCAUAAUCUUAAGGCGACCAAAGACCUAAACAAAAUAGUCGAGGAAGCCAAAAGAGUAAAAGAGAAAAUUACUAAAGAGCCGGACAAGUUAAUAAAUAAAUUCAAGAAGAAAAAAGACAAAGGAAAAACAAAAGUGGAUCAUUCAGGAAAAGUUGACGGAGAAAAAAUUGAUGGGUUGCUAAAAAUGGAAACAAAGAAAACAAAGAAAAGUAGCGAGGAAGUACCUAGUGGCUCACAGGAUGAUAUUAUUUUGGGAAAAUUAUUUCAGAAAAAAGGAGUUUUCGGAGCAGUACAACACGAUUCAGUGAUUCAGCAGGGCUCGAGAGGAGGAAGUCUCAGAAUUCAUACAGAAGCAAGAAUGAGAGCUGAAAAAUCAUUAGAAGCUCUCAGAAAAUCAAGAGUAGAUAAUUGGCGAUGGUGAAUUAAUUUUAUUGUUAUAUUAUUGUAUUAUUUGUAUAUUUUGCAUUGUUUUUUAUUAUUAUAUUUAUAUAUUUUUGAAUACACAUUAUUUGC